AUGCAGAAAUCAUAAAAUUCUCAGCCAUUUUAAGAAUAUGACCCAAGUUAUGAUUACAAUGAAGUUUCUUCAGGCCUAAAGAGCAGCAAUCAUGAAAUAUUCGCUUAUAAUUUACCCUCUAAGAAAACAAAAUUAUUUAAGUCAAUCAGUAAACUCUAAUAAAGCUAAGAAUUCCAAAAUUAGGAAAACUAAAUUUUGAAUCGCUAAUAAGUGGCAUAGGAACCCGCAUCAUUUGAAUAUGAUUAGGAAGAAAGCAAUAAUUUUCUAUUGAACUAGAGCUAUUUGAUUCCAAAUGAGGAUAACUACGAUUUGACAAAGCAGAGUUUUUAUGAAAGAUAAAUUACAACUCAAAAAACAGUCUAGUAACUCAUUACAGGGUAAUCCAUAUCCUAAUAUCCAAACAAUAAAUAAACAAAGAAAAAGACAAGUUCAAAAAAAGUUAAUUUUAUGUAAAUCAAAGGGUCAAUAGAUAAUAAAGAGAUAAUGCCUUAUAAAAUGGAAGCUAAUGAUAGGACUCAUGAUUUUCCUGAAUCUUAUAAUGAAGACUGCUUAUCUGAAGAAAAUAUUGAUUUCUAAGAGUAGGUACAGUCGAAUAGAAUGCUUAAAGAUCAAAGUUACUAAGAAGCUUAAGAUUUACCUAAUAUUUAAAUAAAUACAGAUAAAAACAAAAAAGAACAAAUCAGGCCACUUAAUACUAGAAGGUAAAGAAAAUUGAAUCAAAAGCUUUCAGACUCUAUAGAUAAAAUGACUAAGAAAACUUCUUGGCCCUAUAAAUGCUUUGAAAAAUUGUGUUUAGCUAAUAAAUCACAAAAUUAAAAGAGAGAUUUAAUGGAAAGAAGGAAAUCUGAAAGAUUAUUAAGAGCAAUGAAGGUUAUAAACAACAUCUUUAUUGAAAAGUAAAAAAGAUAAGAUUAUCUUUGGAGAAAAGUAAGAGCUUUUGUUUUAUCUGGAAUUUUCGUGAGAACUCUCUAAGAAUAAACAAUGUGGUCUUAAAGGAAAAUUUUAACAGGUAUCUCUGAUAGGAAGCAAAAACUCUGGGAAACUGGCUAAGAGUUUGAAGAGUCAGCUCUUUUGAAUAGAUAUAAAUGCUGGAUUAAAUAUGAUUCAAGCUACAGAGUAUUUUGGGAGUUCAUUAUGGCCUGCAUUUUUUGCAUAUCCUUCUGGUUAACUCCCCUUAAUCUAGCUACUCAUUUUCUUUCUUACAAUUCCCUCAGAAGUUUCGAGAUAUUUAUUGAUAUGGUUAUUUUGUUCGACAUUGUCUUUAAUUUUGUAACUGAGGCGAGAAAAGAUGUUAUUAUUUUGACAACCCUUAAAGAUACAGCGAAACUUUAUCUCAAAACAUAUUUUUUUAUAGACAUUGCCUCUUCAUUGCCUUCAUUAUUAGUUUGGGAAUAAAAUAUCUACAUUUAUCCAGUGAAGAUUAUAAGAUUUAUUAGAGUCAAAAGAUUAUUCAAAUUCUUUGAAUUUCUUGAAGCCUUUGUACUUAAUUUCAAAAUUAAUCAAAGACACAAGUAGUACGUGCAUAAAGUUAUCAAGAUGAUCUAACUUAUAUUUUUGUAUUUCCUGCUAUUUCAUCUAUGCGCUUGUGUUUGGUUUUAUAUGGGAUAUGAUGACGAGAAUAUAGGACAUCAGGAUGAAUAAUUUAUUUAUCAAAAAGGACCAGAUUCAGAUGGUGACACUUAUUUUAUUGAUGGCUGGAUUGGAUACUACAUCUUAUAUUUAGACCUCAAUUAGUAUGCUUAGGUUUAUAUCAGAUCAUUUUAUUGCGUUGUGUAAUCAUUUACGACGAUUGGAUUUGGAGACAUUAGUGCCUAUAGAAGAAAUGAGUACAUUUUUGCAAUGGUCAUCAUUUCCUUAGGCCAGCUAUUGUUCUCUUAUAUUCUGGAAAGAAUGAGAAGAGUCCUGCUUUCUAAAAAUGAAAUAGAUACCUACAAAAUCUAGAAUGAAUUAUAGGAGAACGCAGAAAUUAUGCUCAUAAAGUUCUCUAAAAUUAAAGGAGCUAAGCCAAUCAAAAAUAAAGAUAUAAAGCUUUGCAGUUAGUACAUUAAAGAAAGUUUUAAAAACAAUCAUAAGAACAUUUUGAAGGACAAGUACUUCAGAAUUUUAAGUCCAAGACUUUAGAAAAAACUCAUCAUUGAGCUUUUUGAUAAACAAUACAAAAAAUUUAUAUAUUUCUUUGAGGACUUUGAGCUUAAAUACAAAGCCUCAGAUGAUUUUAUAUCUGGUUGUCUUUCAAACAUGGAGUUAAAUAUAUUUUUCUCGAACUAAACCAUUUUAAAACAAGGACAAAAGUUUGAGUGUAUUUAUUUUAUCAAUCAUGGACAUGUUGGAGUAUUUGACAAGUUUAACAAUUUUCUUAUUAAUUAUGUUCCUGGAGGUUAUUUUGGUGAUUUUUAGAUUAUUCUCGAACUUAAAUCACAAUUUACGUAUUGA